CGCCGGUGGUGCCGUGGCUGCCGACGCUGGCCACGCACCGCAUCAUGCUCAAGGCGCUGUGCCGCGCCAGCCGCACGCUGCAGGCCGUCGCGUACCUGGCGCUGCUAAAGUCGGCGUGGCCGCAGUACGGGGCCAGCGGCGCCAGCGAUCCAGCCGGGCUGCGCGGCCUCGAGCGCAUCGUCCAUGGCCACCUGGCGCAGCAGCUCCCGCACGUGCGCGACCUCUACGGGCUCUCGGCGCAGCCCACGGCGGACCACGGCUUCUACCACACGCGGGGCCACGAGAUCCUCGCCCUGGCGCAGGCUCCGGGCCCGGGUCCGGGUCCGGGUUCGGCACCACACGGCUCGCGCGGCGAUGGGUUCUCGCGCGUCGAGCGGCCGGUGUACGUCAAGGCGCUGCAGGCGUACGCGCUGCAGGGCGAUGUGCCGACGCUUUUGCACCUGAUGGCGCGCCACGCGCACCUCAACGACAUUGCCGCGUGGACGCAGCUCGUGCGCGGCGUCUGCAUGCAGAUCUCCAACAGCCCCACGGACCAGCUCCUGCUGCACCCGCCAGGCACCAAGGCGUGCAGUGCGCUUGAGGCCUCAGGCGCAGCGCCGUCCUGGGUGGAUUUCCUGAUGAAUCUGGCGCUGGCGCUGGCGCCGCGCGGCGUUGUGUUUACGCAGGUGACCUUUGGGAGCAUCGUCCAGGUGGCUGCGCAGCUCGGGUCUCUGCGAGAGGUCUCCCGGAUUGUGCGCUUCAUGCAGGCGCAUUCGGCCGUGCGCUUCAACGUCGAUAUGCUGCGCAUGGUGCUGCGCAUCGCCUGCCCGUUUGCGCUCAAAUGCGCGCUUGUCAAGAGCGCGCUGCAGCUGGAGCCUCGCCUGCCCCCCACAGACGCCCAGUCGACUGUGCGUCCGGACAACAAGCUGCUGUCGGCUGUGGUGCGCAUGGUCGCGGAGGAGCCGGAUUUUGCGGAGCUGCGGGCCUUGGCUGCGCUGUUUUGGGACCGCAGGGGGAUUGCGCUUUUGGACAUGGAUUACGACUGGUUGAUUGCGCUUUGCAGGGAGCUGGGCUUGGGCGCGGAGGCGAGCUUCUGGGCGGACCAUCGUGUGGUCAUGGCCACUGCGAGGGGAAUUCCGGUGGACGGAGAGAUGGUGUCGCUGCGAGGGGGAUUGGCCUAGAAAAAGAAAAAGAACAAGCCCACAUAUCAACCCUGUAUUGUUUCUAUGAAGCGUGUGUAUAUGUUAUAUAAUGCUAUAUAAAUGCUGGAAUGUUCUUUUCAUGCUGGCGCCCUGAGGUGGCUUUUUUUCUCGGCUCUUUUUCCCAACUGAAACAGCUUGUAUGUUCUCUUGGGA